UCUCUAGGACCAAAGAGCCAGAGCACAGAAGGGGUGAAAAAUUGGCCAAGCAAACGGGUUGGAGUGCAUUCUGUUGGUGAUCAUACAGCCAUUGAGCUAAUUGGAAGAGAUCGCCCAGGCCUUUUGUCUGAGAUUUCAGCUGUUCUUGCCAACCUCCAUUUUAAUGUUGUUGCAGCAGAAGUUUGGACUCAUAACAGUCGAAUCGCUUGCAUCCUUUAUGUCAAUGAUGCUACAAACCAAGCUGUGGAUUAUCCAAACAGAUUAUCUCUUAUGGAGGAGCAGCUCAACAACAUCUUACGUGGAUGUGAUGGUGACAAAGUUGCUAGGACCAGUUUCUCCAUGGGUUUGACCCAUAUGGAUCGGCGGCUUCACCAAAUGUUAUUUGCUGAUCGGGAUUAUGAAAGUUCUGGAGUAACAACUGAUGUUGAUUGUCAUCCCUCUUUAAGGCCAAAAAUCACAAUAGAACGUUGUGAGGAAAAAGGUUACUCAGUGGUGAGUGUAAGGUGCAAAGAUCGGGCAAAACUCAUGUUUGACAUUGUUUGCACUCUUACUGAUAUGCAAUAUGUUGUUUUCCAUGCCACAAUCUCAUCAGAUGUCCCUUAUGCAUCCCAGGAAUACUUUAUUCGGCAUAUGGAUGGAUGCACGCUUGAUACUGAAGGAGAAAAAGAAAGGGUCAUCAAAUGCAUUGAAGCUGCUAUUCGAAGAAGAGUAAGCGAGGGUGUGAGCCUUGAGCUGUGUGCAAAGGAUAGAGUGGGGUUGCUGUCCGAAGUAACAAGGAUUCUACGAGAGAAUGGGUUGACAGUGUGCAGGGCAGGUGUAUCAACAAGAGGGGAGCAAGCACUGAAUGUGUUCUACGUGAGGGAUGCAUCAGGGAACCCAGUGGACAUGAAAACUAUCGAAGCACUUCGUAAGGAAAUAGGUAAGACAAUGAUGGUGGAUGUUAAGAGAGUACCAAGCAAUGCCAAAGCACAAGCACCAGAGACACGAAGAUGGGCCAAAACUAGUUUCUUCUUUGGUAACUUGUUGGAAAGGUUCUUGACUUAAGUAAGAACCGUGCUCAUGCAUCUUGUUUAGUUGCUUUUGAUUUGUAAAAGACACACCAUGAUGUACAGAAGAAUAAAGUUGUUUCUGUCUCAAAUAUUGGCAGCGCUUGGUAUCAGAACAAUGAUUCACUUAUAUUGUAUCAUGUUUUAGA